AUGGAUCUCAUCUAUCUCAUCUAUUGGGUUCGCCCGCACAGCCUUACGCACCCAAUACUCCAUCCGCGGCCUCACACGCGACCCCUCGCCCCCAAAUGCGCCCCCCUCAUCUCCUCCGGCAUCACCCUAUUCAAAGCCUCCCCCAAAGACCCCUCCUCUCUACGCCUCGCCUUCCAAAACGCAGACAUCAUCUUCGCCACAAUCCUCACCCUCUACGACGGCCAUACCUACGAGCAUGAGCUCACACACGGGAAAGCCAUCGCCGACGCCGCCGUCGCCAUGGCUGUUCCAUUCCUCAUAUACAGCACAUUGCCAAGUAUCAGGGAGAUUUCCGGCGGACGGCUAACGAGGGGAGGACACUUCGACGCGAAGAAGGAGGUCGAGAUGUAUAUUCGUGGCUUGCCGAUAAGAGCGGCGUUCGUGAGCCCGGGUUCGUUCAUGGAGAAUUUCCAUGCCGCGUUGGCGCCGAGACGUGUCCCUGCUCCUGCUCCUGCUCCUUCCAUCUCUACUCCUGAGUCAGGGGCUGAGAAGAAUGCGGAAGGGGAUGAGGUGUAUGCACUCACGUGCUUCAUCGCCCCCGAGACCAAAGUCCCUCUCAUCGAUGUGACGGAUGACUUCGGGAAGUGGGUGGUCGCUAUUCUUUCGGAUUUUGAGCGUUUCGAGGAUCGGGUCGUUUGUGCGGCGACGAGGAUGUAUUCGAUGCGCGAGAUUGUCGAGAUUAUGAGUAAGGUGUCGGGGAAGAGGGUGGUGUAUAAGCAGCUGGGGAAGGAGGUUUGGGGUGGGUUUCUACCACAGGAGAGGAGGGAGUUCAUGCUGGAUAUGAUGCAGUGUUUUCAGGAUUAUGGGUAUUUUGGCGAGAGAACCGAGGAGAAGGUUAGAGUGGGACGGGCCGAGGCGAAGGGGGAGGUUACGGAGUUGGAGGGGUUUUUGAGGAGGUAUCCUUUGGUUCUGGGUUAG